UAUGGACAUACACGUGGAGACGGUCUUAUUAAUAUGGUGGUUGUAGGUUAAAUUAACAUCCAGAGUCACGCCAAGGUCCUUUGCCAUUUCGAUAGGGUUUAUUUCUUUUCCCAAUAGUGUCAGGGAAAAGUCCUGUAGUCUAGAUAGCAUUUGUCUGCUCCCAAACACCAAUAACUUGGUCUUUUCAGGGUUCAGAAGCAGGCAAUUGCUAAAACACCAAUUUCGGACUUUAGUCAAAUCCUCGUUAAUAUUCUCUAUAGCAAAAGAUUUACUCUGAGCUUUAAAGGAGUGCAGUAGACCUGUGUCGUCUACGUAGCAAUGUGGAUCACAGUUUUGAGGUGCAGUUGAGAGGUCGUUGACAUAGAUGUUAAAAAGUAAAGGCCCAAGGAUACUUCCCUGCGGCACGCCGUUCGUCAAAGGCAAGGCAUCCGAUACUGUACUGUUUAUUCGUACAACCUGCUGUCUGUUGGAGAGAUAACUACUGAACCAUUGUAAACACGAUUGUGAACCACCCAUAUCUUGUAACUUUGACAUCAAAAGAUUAUGAUUAACACAGUCAAAUGCUUUGCUCAUAUCCAAUAAGACCAGAGAUGUAACUUGAGAGCAAUUUCAAAUCUGUUCAGUUUUUUUUUAUACACCCUGUAUUUUGUUAUAUUAUUAUGUUUUCGAGAUUUUUUCCGCAUAUAUAUAUAAGCGUAAUAAUCUUUUUCCGAAAAUUGAACCACGCGGUUCGCAAUAUACUUAAGAAUUGAACUACUACUAUUGUCUAAAUCGUUCCUUCCGGUUAUCAUUGCUGCCGAGCAUUAGCGAGGCAGCACGCUAUCGUCGACGUGCUAUGGUUUCCCCAGAGUGUGUUGUGGAAUACUGGAUGCAAACGAUACGAAAAUUUUAUGCCAAAUGUUAUGCCUAUUCAGGAGGACAUUUGCUUCGUAUUUUAUUACUUCAUUUCGCCAUUAAUUAAAUUUAUUAUGCAAUUAAUUGAAACGAAUCGAACACGCAUCCAAUGCCGCACAUGUUGAAGACGCCGUUUAUAUUACGCACCAAAUUCAAUUUUUCAUACCCUUGAGUGUCACGCAAGAAUUGUGUCAAUAUACUUAUGAAUUUAGAACUGUCAUGAUCGCACAACGCAGACUUUCUGAAUCUGUACGUAAAUGAUAAUUUUAUAAUAAAUCUUAGCCAAGUUGAAGAAUUUCAUCGCAGAAAGUUGGGUAUCUUUCCAAAGUUCAUGAAAAAUAAAGUGAUCGAGGUGAAUGAAAACAUCGCAAACAUCUUCAGUACGGAUUUUAAUGAACAUUGUAUAUUGUUUUUAUUGCGAAUUUGUAUUAGCCUCAGUGACCCUGAUGUCACAUGAUACUUUGAAACCAAUUAGCCAUGCUGAAAAAACAGGUAAAUAUGCCUAGUAGUAGUAUACAAUCUUUUAGGUAAUAAGCGCUAGCAUCAAGGCGAUGAGCUUUUUAGUGUAGAUUCUAGAUGCAAACAAUGUACUUUCAAUACUUUAUUAAUAAGUAUUCAAUUGAUGUAUACAAUCUUUUAGGUAAUAAGCGCUAGCAUCAAGGCGAUGAGCUUUUUAGUGUAGAUUCUAGAUGCAAACAAUGUACUUUCAAUACUUUAUUAAUAAGUAUCCAAUUGAUCGCGUGGUCGAGGAUAACUGAAUAUGAUAGCUUUAUGAUCCUAGAUCCUUACAGUACGGUGGAAACUAAAUGCUAAACAAAGUCAUUUAAAUAUGGGUAAAAACAGAUACAGUUGUAACACUUUUGAGUUUACCAAAUGCUGUAAUCGGUAACUAGAGAAAAAUAAAAAUCUUAGAAGACAUUUACUUUCAAAUUAUUUUGUAAUCUCAACUUUAUGAUAACAAAAUAAAUUAAUACAUACAGUGUGUCAUUUGCAGUGUUUCAUGGGAAAAGUUUAAACAUCAGGAGAUUUUAAAUUUUACUUUCAGGGGUUCUUAAAUUUUACUUUUAGUUAGGUCGAGAUAUUUUGCAGACGUUUUUAGCAUGAUGGCAGCACUCGCCUCGCGAUGGUAACUUCUAGUUAUAUUUAUUUUACCCAGACACAUGAUUUGUUUCAGUUCAUGAGUGGAUGUGUUGGGUGAUAUAUCAGAGUACAAACACGAGUCGAAAUGAUUAUACUAUAUUGGUGUAUAUCACGGCCUCUCAUGCUGUAUGUAUAAUAGCUUAUGAAACGCGCGCAAGAUCUAAAUAUUUGCGUGUUUACUUGUAAGUAAUUGAUCUCGUUCUGCGCAUACGUUCUGCGCAGGCCUAGUGAGGCCUACAUUCCAAUGGUCGGACCCGACCAUUGGAAUGUUAUUAAUAUUUCGGACCUUCCGAACUUUCUUGAAUUGUAUUCAUUUACAAGCAUAGCGAACCAGAAGAGUGUUAAAAUUCAGAAAAAAAUAUACAGUAUCUAAUCAUAUUUUACAACUGUAGCACUGAGUUCAAAACGAGGUUCAAAAUGUAAACAAAGCGUUUGUUUACAUUACGGACUUUACAUGGCCUUUAAGAAUCGAGGGAAAAUCGAGAGAAUGCUGUGUAUUAUAGGUGGUACAACAACUCAUUAAACAUUGAUUUCUUGACUGAUAAAUUAUUAAUGCCUGAAAUUUACAAAUAAUAUGUAUAUUGUACGUGCAUAUAAGCACGCAAAAACGUGCAUGCGUAUACGCACGCUACAAGAGUAUAAAAAUAGUCCUUCAUAAUGUUAUAUUACGUAAUGCAGACAAAUAAGGCUGCUUUCCAGUUAGCGUUUUUCGUACGUGCGUCAUCUAAAGUCUCUAAAUAGAUUUAACAUUUGCCAUCCUUAUAACGUCAUAGAAAAUUGCCUGAGGGAAACUUACCUACCCAGCUAUAGAUACCUAAACUGAGCAUCGACUUUAGGAAUCAACUGAUUUUGGUUUUGGAGGCGAUGUGAUCAACUGGUUAGACUCUGAUCUUAACGAACGUCAACAACAAAUAACAAUUCUUGGUGCAACAUCAACACCAUUACCAGUUACAUCGGGAGUGCCACAAGGUUUCAUAACUCGGCUCAACACCGUUUUUACUGUGCGAAAAUAACUUUUCCCAAUUCUAACAUUGCAAUGUUCGCUGCAUGUUGACACAAAUAUUUUUAAGAAAAUCAACUCUGAACAGAUAGAUGCCUCAUUAAUGCAGGAAGAUCUUAACAACUUUGAAAUCUGUUCCAAUUAAAAAUGCUUACCUACUUCUCAACACUGCCCAUGGGCGUACCGGAAGGAAAAAAUUAGGGGGGCGGAAAGAAAAUUGCCCGACUUUUCGGGAUUCUGCCCGACUAGUACCAAAAAAUUUUUUCCGGAAAAAUUAUUUUGGCCAAAAAAUUUCGGUCAGUGUACCAUUUUAGGGGUCAAAAAAAUUUUCCGGACAACCAAUAUUUUUCUGAACACAACACAAAUUCUCGAAAAAUCACAAAAUUUGCCAAAAAAUCGACUUAAUUUUAGACAAAAUUGACAGAAUUUGUCCCAUUUUUUUUUUUGCAAACCAAAAUUGCCCGACUGUUGGUCGAAUAUUGCCCGACUGCCCAAAAAACUGGGGGGGGCUACCGCCCCCCCCCCGCCCCCCCGCCCGGUACGCCUAUGACACUGCCAAAUGCAAAACACUACGAAUCACCCGGAAACAACAGAAACUACAUUAUCCAUAUAAAUUACACCACAGUCAAAUGACCGGCUCAAACGCACAGAACGCAUAGAAAGACGUGCAAAAAAUACAGUUUAGGCCUCCCUUUCUCUUGCGACGUCGAUCAGUAUACCCACAGACUAAUAACAUUACAAUUACUGUUACCAUUAUUCAUCAAGUCACUGUAUGGCUCAUGAAUUCUUCGACCUGUUGUUCUUUUUUAAGGCAACCCAUGCACGGGAUAAUUAAUUUAGACAAUGACGUAUUACCUGUCCAAAGAGAUGGCAACCGUUGUUACAAGAUCUAAAGACCCAAACAUGCAUGUUUACAUUUUCAAACAAUGAAAUGUAAAACUCAGCUUAUCAAGAAUCUGGGCGUAUUACCUAGGCAUCUAAGUGAUCUAACUAAUAAACAAACUGCUUUUAAGGAUUUCAAAAAAGAUCGACUCUUUGACUCCUUUGAGUGCUAUAGUUUUGCAUCAGUAAAAAUAUAAUUACGACGUAGAAGAUCCGAGACCGAGAGCAUGGAAGUCGAUAUGCGUGAAAUGCAACAAAGCUCGAGAAUUACUAUGACAUGUUGUUUCUAAUCUUCUAGUUUCUAACAACUACUAUAACAUGUUGUUUCUAAUAGUUCAAUCUAUCACCAUAUGCUGAUGUGUUUGUCAAUUUGUACGUUUUGUAAAGUGUAAUCCUAGAGGGACCACAGUAAUUGGUCAGUGCAAGUUGUUGGUGACCCGGCCUGCCAGUUGUCAGUGUAUGUCAGUUUCUGUGUUAUAUUUUCUAUUGUGAAUGUCUACGCUGGCAAAGCAAAUAACUAAAUAAAAGAAAGAAAUAUUGUUAUGAAACGCGCGCAACGAUCUAAGUAUAUAUAGCAAUUAUUAAAAAAAGUGAUUUAGUCAAAAAAUCGAGGGAAAAUUAAAAGAAUGUUGUAUAGGUGGAUACACCAACUCAUUAAUAAUUCAUGAAAAAAACACAAAGAAAAAUCACAAGCGUGUCGUAUCUGUAUAAUUAUGUGAUACAGAUUCAUGUUGAUUUACAUAAACUUUAACAUUGAUUUUCUCGGCUUAGACAACGUUUAUUUUUAAAAUUACUUCGCCAAUGAACUCAUAAGAUGAGUCGUUUUUUAAGCCAUUUACAACAUUCGCGUCCGUGUUGUAUCGGAUAUACAAACUCUCGCCUUCGGCUCGAGUUUGUAUAUCCGAUACAACACGGCCGCUCAUGUUGUAAAUAGUACAUACACCAACUCAUUAAACAUUGAUUUCUUUUGAAUUUCUUCAUAAAUUAUUAAUGCUUCAAUUUUACAAUGUCACAUUUUACACGUUUACAGUAUGUAAUUGUAUACGUGUGUUUACACACGCAAGAACAUCGUGCAUGUACGCACGCUGCAAGAGUAAAUUUUAUAAUUUACGUAAUGUAAACAAGUUCUCGCUUGUUCCAUAUAUAGCUACGUCUAAAUGGAUUUAAGAUUUGCCAUCCUUAUGACGUCAUGGAAAAUGCCUGAAGAAAUGCCGCACUUUCUAAACAAUACCUAGCUAUAAAUACCUAAACGGCGCACUGAAUCUAUAAUCUUUGAUACAAUAUAAAAUACACGGGUUAUAUUAACGAUACAAACUGACAAAACAUAGAAGCAGCAAGUGAGUAUUGGUAAUUAAACAUGGUCCAUUGGAAAUCCUGGUUUAAUUCCAAGUCCCUGUAUUACGUCAUUUAUGUUUUUUAAUAACUAGUUUAACUAGUUUGACUAGAGUUAGUUUAACUAGUUUAACUAGUUUGAGUUACAUGAAGAAAAUAGUUUGAUACGACUAUAUAUAGGCCUACAUUUCAUUAAGUAUAACCUUCAAAAUUCUGAAGAACGUUGGUCAAUUAAAACGCAAAAAGUGCCUCUGAUUUCAGAGAAUCUUGAUUUCAAACUUUCCCUACCACAAGACAUGGAAUGUAGGCGAACAUGAAAAACAUCACGUGCAUUGACUUAGAAAUUCCAUUGUCAAAAACAUCUCCCUCUGUGGUUCUGCUGACGUAAAUAUGCGGAGACGAGGUGUCCAACAUAUCCAAAACUAUCAGUAUCAAUUUACGUCAUUGAUGUACAGCACACUAUAAGAACGCACAUUUUUUCAAUCUCUUCAGUCAGUUUAACUUGUUACGCCAUGCAACAGUAAGGCCUCGAAUGUAUACCUAAAAAUGACGCCAAAUAACCCAUGACAAUGUCAACAAUUGAUUGCGUCAGUAUAUAUAGAAAGGUAUAAUGUGUCGGUGACUUCCUUAAAAGUGUCAGCAAAUGGUAAAAGAAGACAUUUUUGCUGUAAAAAAUCAUCACAAAGAUGCCCGCUGCCAACCAGACCUCAAUCGUUGACCAUGAAUCUCAAAGCUUUUCGAUUGUGCGAGGUAGGCUACAAUGUACAAUGAGUAAUGAUAUGCGAUGGUUAAGUAGAACUUGACCAGGAAAACAUUUGUGGUAUACAUGCUUACGUGUACUAUAUGUGUACAUCCAUCCUCAUUCCCAAGUCAUUGAUUAUUAUUCGUGGUUAGCCUAUAACACACCAGAUUUUAGUGUUCCAACUAUGUCAGGUACGACAAAAAUGUAUAGCGCUGUAAUACCUUUCAUUGAGCCUCAACACUAUAGUCUGCGAUGAACAGCGGUAAGAUCGCGCAUGACAGGGAGAGUUGGUUAAAGUAUAUUUACAAAAUUAAAGGACUGGUGCCUUUUAACAUAUAUUUCUCCUAUUUUACUGAUAAAUUUAUCUUUAUAAUUUAUUGCAUAUAUUGAUCACUUGAAAUAACACAAAAUUCGUAUAAUAAGACUGCGGGGGAUCUUGGUAAUGAUUUUAUAUUUUAUGCAUACGGUACUGAAUAGUCAAUAAUCACGUGGUAUAUGGCUACAUAAAAGACAAACUGGUAUAGGUAUACUUGUAUUCAUAAGAUGGCUGCACGGUGUUGGCAAAAGACAGUUUAAAGAAAAUUUAUCCUUCAGAUUGCGAAUAAUUUGGAUUCAGUAUUAAAUGAAGAAUUUGUCCAACGCGGCAGCAGGUACUCGCCGAAUCAGCGUGAUACAAUGGAUUGGCAGAGAAAAUCCAUCGAAAGAAAUGAUGAAUGAAGAACCACUUUCAAAGGAAAGCUUAUCAAAUAUGAAAGGAAAGUCCUUUGCAUCACCAUCAUGUCCACUUGGGAGUAGAAGGAAAAACGAAAAUAGAUAUUCAUGUUCAUUUUGUAAGAAAUCAUUCAAAUGGCGUUCACACUGGAAAUCCCACGAAAGAAUACACACUGGAGAACGACCUUUUCAAUGUGAGAUUUGUGGGAAAACUUUCACCAGAUCUGAUGGUUUACAAUGUCAUAGAGCUCUCCAUACUAGUGCAUUAUAUUCAUGUUUACCUCGAGGUUUACCACAUGAAUGUCGUCGUACUGCCCAUCAUGAAGUACAGUCGUCAUUACCAGUGUGCCGUCUUUGCAGUAAGAGAUGUUAUAGUUUUGCAGGAUUGAUGAAACACAUGCAAAAACACAAAGGUAAGGAUUUUGCUGAACCACAUCACAAUAACUUGAAUAACACUGCAUUGUGCAUGAUGCCAUGAUUCGGUAUUAAUGUGUUUCUGUAGGCGUUAUGAGAAAGCAUGAGGUGGUCAACGUCAGAAGUGUUGACCCUCGAGUAAAUUGAAGUACAAUCCUCAAUUGUAUUUAUCUGCCUCUACAAGACUAUUACAUAUGAAACUCGAAUAAUUGCCAGUUAAACACCACCUGCUGCACAAUUAUUAUAGUUCUUAUAGUACAGAAUAGAUAGGAGUAUGCAGAAUUUAGCUUACCAUUAUUUUUAUGUUUCAAAGAUGUUACACUUUAUUUCACGUAUAGAUAUUUAACCAUAUCAGAGCUACAUGUAAUCCUAUUUGUCUUUGGUUUUAUAUUAUCUAUAUAUCGAAUCUAGCCAGGACAAAGUCUAGGAAAUUAAAACAUAUAUGCAUGCAUGUAGUAUUAAAGACACAUGCAUGUAUACAGGACAAAUUCGUGAUGAUAUCCAUUACUCAUUAGUCAUACAUAAUGAUUUGAAUUCUAUUUAUUUUCUUGGGUAAACGUCACGCUGUUGUAACUGCAUGUAAAAAUCAGUGAUAACUGUGUUUAUUUUCCAGUAUUGACUUUGCUUUUUAUAAUUACGUAUGCCUUAAUACAACUCAUGAGCGUAUUUACAGGUCUCUAGCUAGUUUCUUAGCUUCAAGGAAUAUGUGUUCACUUAUUCCUACUGGCACUCGUUCUUUCGCAUUCAUGUUCCCAUUCAUUAAAAAAGUUACGCAGUUGUAAUUUGGUAUCACUAAUAACCAUAUUUGUCUUUUUUUAUCAAAAAUAUAGGUGGAACGGACUAUAAAUGUGAAGUUUGCAACAAGAAGUUUACCAAGAGAAGUGCCUUAGACGUCCACAGCAGAGUACAUACAGGAAUCAAACCAUAUCGAUGUAACAUUUGUACUAAAACAUUCUCAAUUCAUGGAAAUUUAAAAAGACAUUUAUUAAUUCAUUCAGGAGAAAGACCAUAUAUAUGUCUAAAAUGCUCAAAGUGUUUUAAUAAUUCAAGUCAUUUGACAAGACAUAUCAAAGCGAAACAUCCCUCAGAAGAAAAACGUACAUCAAAGUCAAGUUAG